AUGCCUGCCGCCGACUCAGGCUUCGGUUCAAACAAUCCAUUCCGUCGAAAUACAACUGCCAGCUUUACAGGACAAGACCCCUCAUCAGCCCCGAGCGGGUCCGUUGCUGCCCCGAGCUCAAGCUUCCUCGCUGCUGCAGCAGCAUUGUCGCCCUCGAGCUCUGCCCCGCGACCGCCACCUCCGCUGACAACAUUCAAGAGUGCUGCAGCCGUGGCCGAAGACAGCCAUGUCGAUUCAGCAAGGGCCGACCGGGACUCUGUGCAGCCAAAACCCAAGAAGAUAGUAAAGAGGGUGCGGGUACAAUCCCCGCCGCCCUCGUCGCCCGAAGAUGCCGUACCUGUUGGACGCUAUCCACCCCUCGACGACGAUGUCGACAGCGACGACACAAACUCUGACACCUCACACGACGCUGGAGAGCGGGCCGAUCCCUUCAGCAGCGGCGAUGCCGCCGAGUUGAACAGAAGCGCAGUGCACAACGAGCCACCUGUAGUUCGCCCCCCGGCAAAUCCGUUUUCAAAGACGCUGCAGGACCUUGAACACAAUGCUCUUGGACAGGACAACGGAGCUGGCGGCAGUGGCAAAGGAUCGUUGGAUGUAGACUCCUUCAAGAGGCUACUGCUCACAGGCCAGACCACUGCUCCUGGGGCAGGGGUUGCCGGAUCGUCCAUGGGAUUGCAACAAGCUACAGCCAUCGAUGGCGCCAGUAACACUGAUGCGAGCUCCGCUUCCCGACAGUCUUUGUAUGAGAACGUGCAGGAGACGCCGAGGACAUCACAUGAGAUAUCAGAUCCGGAGGAAUCUAAAGUCUCUAUGGCUUCGCCUCUGGCAACGGCACAACCACCUUCUGGGCGGAAGCCCCCUCCCCCACCCAGCUCCAGACAUGGGAAGCUUAUCAAGAUGGAAUUGGGAGCUGAGAAUAAAGCCAAAAGGGCACCAAACUCUGCCAUAUCAAUCAAUACAGACACGGCUAAUUCAGCUCCAACCCGAAAGUCGAGUAUACACUCACUUACGCAAUCAUCACCUGGUAGUUCGGACGUGAAUAAGCCUUUACCGCCUCCCCCACUUCGAUCGCCGGGAGAGGAGGAUGUGGUCUCGCCAUUCGAUAGAGAAGCCGCUGGCAAGGUUCCAGAGUCGUUGGCAGCCCUCACAACGAGCCCUCAAGCACCGACGUCGCUUUCGGAAACGUCACGCGCCCGCUCGACAUCACAAAGUAGUACUCUUACUACGUCCAGCUCACACCGAAAACCUGCCGCGCCUCCUCCUCGGCGGCAUGGUCAUGGCAGGACAGACAGCAAACCAUCCUCCAUUCUCUCGGACAGGGCCGACGAGGAUCCACCCCGCAGUUCUCUCGAAUCAAAUCGGUCUCGAGCCGACAGCAUCCGCGUGAAUAUCAAUUUUGACAAAAAUUCGUCGGCUCCGGCACCACCGCCUCCUCGGCGGCCCAACCAUGCUAGAAAAGGAAGCUCGCUAGCCAGUCCAACUUUGUCGACAUUUAGCCAAGUAAACAGCCCUGGGUCAAGUGAUGACAGCAGAUCGCCUGGGGUACUGGGGUUCAAUCCGAUGGAACGUCAAGCCGGCGCUGGCUCUAUGCCAACGGUGACACACAGCAAGGACGGACUACCCAAACUAUCACCGCCCCCUCCACCACCAACCCGCCAUGCAAGUUUAAGGAGGCCAUCUAGUGCGCACAGCACGGAUGCCAGCCCACUUCGAAAGGUUAGCAGGGAGAAGGAUGGAGGAGUCGUGCCACCGCCUCCACCACCGAGAUCAAGGGGAGCCAGCAGAGCAAGCUCGAAUAUGGUCGACUCCCAGCAUUCGUCCGGGCGUUUGAGGGCGGAAAGCGAGGCAACAAGAUUAGAUGAAGAGCCGGUCACUACACAAGACACCCAGGCUAUCUCAGAAACAGGAACUCCUGCAGAUCCCGGCGCAGGCGACGAUAUCAUGGAGCAGCUCCGGGCACUUCAACAAGAGGUCGAAGCGGCCAGGAAGGCUUCAGGCAGCAGCUGA